CUUCACAAUCGCAAUCGCGGGUAUGCGUGUUAUCGCAAGCGUAGUCAGCUGUCAGCUACGGUAGCAUGCGCACUAUUCUACGGUAGCAGAUUGAAUUUAACGCGAGACUUUCCCAAGCUGGCUUGCACUUGCAGUUGUCGCUGUGAUCACCGUUGGUUGUGUUGUUGUCUCCUGAUUUUGCUAAUCGGCAUUAUUUACGCGCCCCAUCAUCUGCGCAUCCCAAUGGCAACGCAAAGCGCCAAAAAGGUCAUCGUCUACGGCGGACGCGGCGCCCUCGGAAACGCUAUCGUGCAGCAUUUCAAAGCGCAGGGUUGGUGGGUUGGAUCGGUCGACCUUCAUGCCAACGACGAAGCCCACGGAAAUGUGGCCAUCACCAAGCAUGAUUCCCUUCUUGAACAGGAACAGGAAAUCCUGGCCGGGGUGAAGAACCUCGUGGGUGACGGGCAGGUCGACGCGAUCCUGUGCGUUGCCGGUGGAUGGGCUGGCGGCAACAUAGCUGAUAAAGAUUUCGUGAAGAAUACCGAUCUGGUACUGAAGCAGAGCGUUUGGUCGUCUGUCAUUGCGUGCCGGCUUUCCAGUGCGUAUUUGAAACCUGGAGGACUGCUGACUCUGACCGGCGCUAAUUCUGCUACCGAGCCAACACCCGGUGCUGUUGGCUACGGUUUAGCGAAAGCUGCCGUGCACCAGCUGGUGAAAACUCUGGGUGCUAAAGGCAGCGGGCUUCCAGAAAACUCCACGGCCGUGGCAAUACUUCCAGUUAUGCUCGACACUCCCAUGAACCGUAAAUGGAUGCCGACAGCUGACUUCUCAACGUGGACUUCUCUGGAUUAUGUGGCUGACUUACUGCGACAAUGGUCUGAAGGAAAAACUCGCCCGAACAAUGGUAGCCUUGUGGCGUUGAUUACCGAGAAAGGAGAGACAAAACUACAGUAUUCAUAAUCUUUGUAAUUCACUCUUUUUAUGAUAUUUUGGUACGAGUAUACGGUCCUUCUGUGUUUUGGCAUUCCUUCUGUGUACCCAGUACUGGCACAUGACAAAGCGAAAACUUUUAUCAGAAUUCCCUGUCUGCCCGUGUUUUCAAAACGUACGCUGCAACAAGAAUUCGACGCAAAAUAUCUAUCGGUA